GGAGACAAAACCAGCCGGAGACACGGAGAAGACCUGGAAGACGUCCGGGAGAGGGACAGACAUCACCUGGAGAGACCUAGAGACACCUGGAGACACCUGGAGACGUUUUAAGGUUCCAUGUAACCGGACCGGCAGACAUGGACCUGCACCGUUGGACCUGCUUCCCAAUCCUUGGCGUCCUCAUGCUGGUUCUGGUGCAGGUCGUGGUCCAGGCCCGCUCUGCGGCAGCGGGACGCGCUGACAGGAACUCCAUCGAGGACGCCACGGUGAACGCCACCGUCAUGGACCGAGGGUCCCCCGUCCACACGAUGAGCAGCGAGGACGGGACGUACGGCCAGGACUCUCCCAAGAUGGACGCCCGGGGCAUCGUCCUCACGCCGGCGCCGCAUCGUGGAGUGGUGGACCGGCAGGGCUGCGACCCGAACACCCGCUUCCUGCUUCCGCCACGCAGCGUCCACUGGGUGGCGCUGCUGCAGCGAGGGAACUGCACCUUCAGGGAGAAGAUCCUGAAGGCCGCCGCCUACAACGCCACGGGUCUGGUCUACAACAACUCCACCGACAAGACCGUCAAGAUGGGCCACGAAGGUACAGGCGACAUCGUCGCGGUGAUGAUCACAGAGGCGUACGGGAAGGAGAUCCGCCACCUGGAUCGGAACCUGACGGUACUGGCCUCUCUGGGCUUCCGUAGUCCCAGCAGGAACCUGAACCGCGGAUCGCUCGUCUUCGUCUCCGUCUCCUUCAUCGUCCUCAUGAUCAUCUCCUCCGCCUGGCUCGUCUUCUACUUCAUCCAGAAGAUCCGCUACGGCGCCGGCCGCCACCGCAGCCAGCGUCGCCUAGGAGACGCAGCCAAGAAAGCCAUCGGGAAGCUGACGACGAGGACAGUGAAGAAAGGAGACAAGGAAACGGACCCGGACUUCAACCACUGUGCCGUGUGCAUCGAGGCGUACCAGCUGAACGACAUAGUCCGGAUUCUGCCCUGCAAACAUGUCUUCCAUAAGGUGUGUGUGGAUCCUUGGCUGAAUGAACACUGCACCUGUCCCAUGUGCAAACUCAACAUCCUCAAAGCCCUGGGCAUCAUGACCAGUCUGCCCUGUGUGGACGCUGUGGUUCUGGAUGUGGACCGACUGGGUGACGGUCAGACAUCCGGCAGCCAGAGGGCACCGCUGAGCGACCAGAACCAGCCGUCCAUCAGCCUGGAGCCGCUCAGCCCCACCCAUGCUGAGACCGCGCCCAGAACGCCCGCCGACAUCACCGUGGCCGUAACCAGUGGAGGUCACUUCUUCAACAGGCGCUCCGCGUCUCCUCGGAGCAUCGCCUGUGAGGUGGAGCUGCCGGACAUGCAGGCGUCGCUCCAUCUCCACGACGACAACAAGUCCUGAGACCGGUCGCCAUGGUUACAGCCGCACGCCAACACCGAUCCCCCUGCCGGCGGCGGCGGCGGCGUCCUGCCAGGGGGGUUCUUGUUGGAGAGCGACCGCCUUCAGCCACUGAAAGACUUUACUGACAUUCCCAACAAUCCCAAGUUUCAAACUCUGGUCCUGUUCCUUUAAAGCUCCUCUCCUGUUUCUGGAUCAGAACCGCCCGGCCUCACUUCUCAGUGUCUGUGGAAAUGACCAGGAUGUAAAACGUUCAGGGUCCCACAUGUUCUAGAUGCUAAAGAACUGAAAAGCCAAAACGUUCCGGUAAAGACGCUGGGAAUGUUUUCUUGUGCCUGAAGAGAUUUGUGUCUCCUGCUAAAAGGUUCUAACUUCCAGAAAUGCUUCCUUAUGCUGAGCCUCGGUUCUGAAAAUGAUGCUGUUUUUUCUGGAUCAGUAACUCAAGACCUGACCAGUUUCUACAAACCUUUAAUCAAGGAAUCAGCAGAUCAGGAACGUCUGAAACCUUCCUUUGGGGCGGAGCUCUGCCUGCUGGAGGGGCGGAGCUCUGCCUGCUGGAGGGGCGGAGCUCUGCCUGCCGGAGGGGCGGAGCUCUGCCUGCCGGAGGGGCGGAGCUCUGCCUGCCGGAGGGGCGGAGCUCUGUCUGCCGGAGGGGCGGAGCUCUGCCUGCCGGAGGGGCGGAGCUCUGCCUGCUGGAGGGGCGGAGCUCUGCCUGCUGGAGGGGCGGAGCUCUGCCUGCCGGAGGGGCGGAGCUCUGUCCUGGAGGGGCGGAGCUCUGCCUGCUGGAGGGGCGGAGCUCUGUGUGCUGGAGGGGCGGAGCUCUGCCUGCCGGAGGGGAGGAGCUCUGUCCUGGAGGGGCGGAGCUCUGCCUGCUGGAGGGGCGGAGCUCUGUGUGCUGGAGGGGCGGAGCUCUGUGUGCUGGAGGGGCGGAGCUCUGUGUGCUGGAGGGGCGGAGCUCUGCUGGAGAUUGGGGCUUCAGGGACCGUAUUCCUUCCUGUUCUAAAACAUUUCUGGUGUUCUAGCAGGAAAUCCCGGUGAGGACGCUCCCUUCAGGGACGGACUGCUGCUUUCAAGUGUAUUCUGAAUUACUCAGCGUGUAUUAAUACUUAUAAUCAGUAUAUAAACAGCAUUAAAGAAUCUAUAAUCCGAUUGAUUCAGCAGUAAUAAGUGACCUGAAAAUGUCCGGAGACACCGAGGUGCUGUCCACAUCUCUCUGUCUGUCCCUGUCUGUCUCUGAUGAUGAUGGUGAUGAUGGGGGUCCUCUGUGUGUUUACUGCUGCAGCAUCACGUCUGAUUAAACGUCAUUAAAGCGUCUGCUGCAUUCACUGCA